UCUUCAUCUUCAUUCUACAAGAACGAUGGAGACGACUGAAAUCAUCCGUGGUCAAUAUUGUGUCCUGGUCAAUGCCUAUCGCCCAUCCAAUAUCCUCCUAGCAUUUCAAAUUUCAAUUGCGCAAUUUUUCAUAAUUGUCAACCCAUAGCCUCAUACCUUUCCGCACAGAAAAAAUUAAGCAUUUAAGUGGCACGGACCGAAGAAAAAUAAAUGUAUUGUAGUGAGAAUGGCUAACACAGGAGUAUUACCUUUUGUUAGGGGAGUUGAUUUCUCCCUUAACGACUUCAGUGAUGGACGUUUUCCUCAUUCUAUCCGAUUAAUGACUGGAGUUCAGUGGUUGAAGUUGGACGGUGUUCAUCUUGCUCAGAUUCCUGAAGAAAUGGGAAAUCUUCUGAAAUUGGAGCAUUUAUCUUUGAAACGAAACUGCCUUGAAAGAUUGUAUGGAGAGCUACCUGAACUUUCUUGCCUGAGAUCUCUUAAUCUACGCCAUAACAAACUUAAAAGCUCUGGAAUACCCGCUGAAUUAUUUCGUUUGGAAGAGCUGAGCACAUUAGAUCUAAGCCAUAAUAAUCUUAGAGAUGUUCCAGAAGGCCUGGACCGAGCACGAUCACUUCUUGUUCUUAAUCUGAGUCACAACAUGAUCGAACAAAUACCUAACACACUUUUUAUGCAUUUGACGGAUCUCUUACACCUGGAUUUAAGUUACAAUAGUCUUGAAACUCUUCCUCCUCAAACCAGAAGGCUAGCAAAUUUACAAACACUUGUGCUUAAUCACAAUCCUAUGGGCCAUUUCCAGCUAAGGCAACUUCCAUCCCUUACAGCUCUUCAUACCCUUCACAUGCGCUGUACAAUGAGAACGCUUCAAAAUAUGCCCAAUAGUCUAGAGAGUCUCACUAGUCUCUCUGAUGUAGAUCUCUCAGUGAAUGGAUUACCACGUGUUCCUGAGGCACUAUACUCCUUACCGAAUCUGAAAAGACUUAAUCUCAGCUCGAACAACAUCACUGAACUUUCGUCUGCUGUGGAAAUGUGGUCAAAUUUAGAAGUGUUAAAUCUUUGUGAUAAUCAGCUUACAGCACUUCCAGCCUCAUUAUGUAAACUGGCAUCUCUUAGAAAGCUCUAUCUAAAUGAUAAUAAAUUAGAUUUUGAGGGAAUCCCUUCAGGUGUUGGAAAACUGGGUAGCUUAGAAGUGUUUUCAGCAUCUAACAACCAGCUGGAAAUGAUACCUGAAGGACUGUGUCGGUGUGGAUCAUUAAAAAAACUUAUUCUAAGUGGAAAUCGUUUGAUAACAUUACCAGAUGCUAUUCACUUAGCUGAGCUAGAAACAUUAGACCUGAGGAAUAAUCCCGAUCUAAUUAUGCCACCUAAACCAACAGAAGCCAGGCGAGGUGCUGGUAUUGAAUUUUACAAUAUUGAUUUCUCUCUGCAAACACAGCUUCGGCUAGCUGGAGCAAGUGCACCAAACCCCCAACCAUCUCAAAGCACUAGCAAAGAUCCAAUCGCAAGAAAGUUGCGUUUGAGACGGGGUCGACGAGACCAAGAAGAGGCUGACCAAGACCAAGCUAAGAUCCUCAAAGGAAUGAAAGAUGUUGCUAAAGAAAAGAACCGCAGAACAUUAGAGGAGGUCAAGGCAGAAUCUUUGAAGCCAAAGAGGUGGGAUGAAUCACUUGAGAAACCACCCUUAGAUUACUCAGAGUUCUUUGAUGGUGAAGCUGGACAGAUUCCAGGUUUAUCAGUCUGGGAGAUGGAGAACUUCCUUCCUAAUCAGAUUUAUCCUCCUCGAUUCUCCGAUCAAGUUUUUGAAACAGGGGGUAAGGAUGGAGAAAACAUGAUGGUCGAAGAAGUUGCCCAUGGCAAGUUCUACGAGGGUGACUGUUAUAUUGUGCUCAAAACUAGCGUUGAUGAUAAUGGUCAACUCUCCUGGCAAAUCUAUUUUUGGAUCGGUGACAAGGCAACUCUUGACAAAAAAGCCUGCGCAGCUAUUCAUGCAGUUAAUUUGCGCAACUAUUUGGGCGCUCAGUGUCGAACUAUUAGAGAGGAGCAAGGAGAUGAAUCUGAAGAUUUCCUUGCUUUAUUUGAUUGUGAUAUUGCGUACAUUGAGGGUGGUCGCACUUGUAGUGGAUUUUAUACUGUGGAAGAUACAGUGUAUGUGAAGAGACUGUAUAGAGUACAUGCUGCAUCUAGUCACGGUAUUCACCUAGAACCAGUCGCAGUAACUCAUACAUCUUUGGACCCACGAUAUGUUUUUGUACUUGACUGUGGUCUGAAAAUUUAUUUGUGGUAUGGACCUCCAGCAAAGAACACUUUUAAAAGCAAAGCCAGGCUCUUCGCUGAAAAAAUGAACAAAUCUGAACGUAAAAACAAGGCGGAAAUUAUGACUGAGAUUGCUGGCUCUGAAGACAGUGACUUUUGGGUAGCAUUAGGCUUAGAAGAUGGUGAACCUCCCUCUGAGACUAUUGCUGAACACGUUGAUCCAAACUUUUCUCCUAUGACUCCAAGACUGUAUCAAGUUCAACUUGGAAUGGGCUACUUAGAACUCCCUCAAGUGGAAGUUCCUCAUAACAAACUUGAACACACACUUUUGCAAAGCCGAAAUGUGUACAUUCUGGACUGUUUUUUGGAUGUGUUUGUUUGGUUUGGGAAAAAGUCAACUCGACUGGUAAGGGCUGCUGCUGUGAAGUUAUCUCAAGAGUUGUUUGCCAUGCUGGAGCGCCCAUCUCAUGCAUGGGUUACAAGAGUGCAAGAAGGGACAGAAAUUCAACUAUUUAAAUCAAAAUUCUCUGGGUGGGAUGAAGUGAUAGCUGUUGACUUCACCCGCACUGCAGAAUCUGUUGCCAAAACAGGUGCUGAUCUGACGAAGUGGGCAAGACAGCAGGAAACCAAGGCGGAUCUUGCGGCAUUGUUUACUCCAAGGCAGCCAGCAAUGCCAGCAUCUGAAGCACAGCAACUUAUGGAAGAAUGGAACGAAGAUUUAGAAGCAAUGGAGGCUUUUGUCUUGGAAGGGAAAAAGUUUGUCCGGUUGCCUGAAGAAGAAUUAGGCCACUUUUACAGUAAAGACUGUUAUGUGUUUCUCUGCCGGUAUUGGGUCCCUCUUGAAUCACCUGACGAGGAUGGGAAUGACGGUAAUAAUGAGGAAGAAAGGCCACCCCUAGAAGAUGACUACCAAUGUGUCGUGUAUUUUUGGCAAGGACGUGAUGCUGGUAACAUGGGUUGGCUUACUUUUACAUUCAGCCUUCAGAAGAAAUUUAAGUCUCUAUUUGGAGACAAAUUAGAAGUUGUGCGCACUCACCAACAGCAAGAAAACUUGAAGUUUAUGGCUCAUUUCAAGAGGAAGUUCAUUAUACACAUAGGUCGUCGAAAGGAAAAGAAACCUGCUGAUCAAGCAGCUCCAGUAGAAUUUUUCCAGCUACGUUCCAAUGGAUCUGCCCUGUAUACUCGUUUGGUUCAAGUCAAACCUGAGGCAACUACUUUGAAUUCAGCAUUCUGCUAUAUACUCAAAGUACCAUUAGAUAAAGAGGCUGAAUCAAGCAUUAUCUAUGUUUGGCUUGGGUCUAAAGCUGAUCCAGAUGAGCUUCGGUUGGUUGAGGAAAUAGCUGAAGAAAUGUUCAACAAUCCUUGGAUUAGCCUUCAGUAUAUUAAUGAAGGAGAAGAACCUGACAACUUUUUCUGGGUUGGCCUUGGUGGUAAAAAACCUCAUGAUACUGAUGCAGAAUUCAUGAAGUACACUCGUCUUUUCCGAUGCUCCAAUGAGAAGGGAUAUUUUACUGUGUCAGAGAAGUGUUCCGACUUUUGUCAGGAUGAUUUAGCAGACGAUGACAUAAUGAUAUUAGAUAAUGGUGAGCAAGUAUUUCUAUGGCUGGGAGCACGAUGCAGUGAAGUGGAAAUAAAACUUGCUUAUAAGUCAGCCCAGGUGUACAUUCAACACAUGCGUGUGAAGCAACCCGAAAGACCUCGGAAGUUGUUCCUCACCUUAAAGAACAAAGAGUCUCGGCGAUUCACCAAGUGUUUCCAUGGGUGGGGAGCACAUAAAAAGCCACCUGAAUAGAUAUUUCACGUUCCUAAGUCAAACUUUCCUGUAAUGUUUAUAAAUGUGAUAUAAAUUUCAUGAAAGCUUGGCAGGGGUUAAAUACUUGAGGUAUCCCUGACUGGACGAAUAAUAGGACUUAAACAAUAUAUGACAUGUUCAGUGUGAAUUUUAAAUAAUUUAUCUAAUCAGAUGCAAGAGAGAACAUUUAAUGACUGACAUAUGGAAAUGUCUUCCGGGGGUACCUCCAGCCCAUCUCCUUGGCAAGAUGUUGAUUAUAUAUUCCUUCAUUGAUUUAUUAUUUUGGAGUUUAGCCCAAGCUGACAUUUUUGAGUUCUGCUCUAAAGCAUUGAGUUCUCUAAAGUUUACCAGUCAACUUUUAUCAGUCCUUAAGUUAAUUGAAUUUUAAAUAUCUGCCAUUUCAGUAUUUGCCAGUUUAAUGGCUUUCUCCAGAGUCCAGAAAGGUAAUGUGCUUUGUUUCCAAAAAAAACUAUUAGAUUUUUAAUUGGCAAUCUUUUAAUAACAUUUUUCACUAUGUACUUUUUAUUUCUAAUGAAGGAGUAUCUUUUAAUUGGAGUCCCUUGUAGUUUGUAUAUUUUUAUGAUAUGUGAUAUGUAUCUAUAGACCAGACUUGAUGACAUACUUAAGGCACUUAAGGAUGUCUGUUUUCAACCGUACCCAUGCAGCCAUUAACUAGUCUAGUAUCUGUGUCCCUUUGAUGUGUCAUAACUUUUAUUAAUUAAAAUUGUUAUUAUUGUACUAAUUUAUAUUUUUUGUUCGUUGACUUAAUGUUGUGCAAUUUAUUUUAGAGCAUUAACCUACCCUGUUGUUGUUGACAGAGUAUUUGUGUACAUCAAUUAUGAGCCCUUUAGAAAUGUAAUUCACGACCUAUUUAGACAUUUUGGGUCAAAAAUGGGUCAACUUUAAUCUUUAACACAGGGGCUGUCGCUUGAUCACCGAAUUGUCAAGCUCAGUGUUGAAUGUGGUUCUAGGAAACUAGUCCACACCACAGAAAAUGUGUUAAAACAGAAAUUUCAGCUAGAGCCUGUUGAUCAAAGAACUGAUACACUCUUUUCAGUAUUGAUAACAUUUGUAAGUGACUACUUAUCUUUAUGAAUUGAUUAAACUAUUUUAAUGUCA